GCAGAUGCGCGGGAACCGAUGGCGAUACUCAGACGUUCUAAACUUCAUCACUGGAAUCCGCGGCUGUCGGUGAUCGACGCGAGGUCUUCGAGAGAAACCCGAGAAAUUUGUGCUGGUCGUCAUGGAGAAAUCCAGCUGCUUUGGAACGUCAGCGCUGGUCGACGAAAUCAUCAGCGAUGCUCUUCAGAAAAUGGAAUCGGGUGAUCUUCUCCCAGCGUCCGAAGCCUCCUCUCUGUCAAUUCUGCACGGCGGAAACCCAGUCGCGCGGUCAACCUCGAUCACGAAUAUCCCGGGUCUGCGGGGCUUCAGAUCCUUCACCGACGAUGUGAUAAAAUCCUUUAUGGAUAGAGACAGUCGUUUCGGUGCGAUGACGAACGAGAGUGCCUCGGAUGAGAACUCGGGUUCAAACCCUUUCGAAGGCUUCUCCGGGACCCAGCAGUUCGAAUCGUCCGGGGAGUUCGUAUCCAGCGAGAAACUAUUGAAUGAGUUCGAGGAGGAUGAGAAACGAUGUCGCGAGGAGAACCUAUUCCGCGAGAAUCGACCGGUUCCCGUGGAAUGCGCCUCAAUUUCGGAGUCCCCGGAAAAGCUGGCGAAAAAACAGGUUGCCCCACCAGAAUGGACAGAGAACUCACCGCAACUGGAUUCUUUCUCCUACUUCUGCAACCAGCAAAGAGCAUCGACUUACGGCGCAGAUAUUUCCUUCCCGAACUCUGAGAAGACUCUCCAUCUGUCUCAAUCGAACACUCAGGAGAAAUCGGGAAAUAAAGAGGCGACAUCGAACUACAAUCCGGGUCUCCCGUACCGUUUGGGAAUCGUCCUGCCGGGGGUUUCGACUACCUUCGAUCUGCUCCCUCUGGCAGCUUGCUCGAGGUCGGUGGUCCUGGCGAAAAGCUCGCUGAACGGAAAACAGCUCCCCUUGUGCCAAACCAAACAGACGAGCCAGCAUCUGAGUCUUGUGAUAAGUCCACCGCCAGAAGCCGUGGGAGAGAUACUGAUCACGUUGGAACUUUCACCGAGCAUUUCCCUCGCUCUGUCGGCGUUCUGCAUGUCACCAGCGUUCAGCUUACCAUCACGGAUUUGUGUGCCCCCAGGGAGUGGGAGCUUCGUGCCUUUGAAGAUCGCCUCACCCUUCCCCACCACGCUGAGGCUCGGUGUACGGUCGGCAUUGGUGAAGACGAGAGAGAUUCUACUCACACCUGAGACGGAUACGGUUUACCUCGAGCUCUACGGUCUGACCGCGGAGAGCGCCCUCGAUGUCACACUCCUCUUCCGCGACCAGGAGUUCGUGUCAGUCAGCAGCGUUCUCGAAGUCCGCAAGCUGAGAAUUUCGUUCCAGUGUCGAACUGAGGGUUCGAGCUCAUCGCUGGUUCUAACGAACUCGGAAAACUUCCCCGUCGAAGUGAAGUUGAGAGAUAACUCCGGAUGCCUGAGCUACUCGAGCUCUGUACCUCUCUUGGAGGGACAAAUGAUCAUCAAGUCCAUGAAGAGCUUCAUCAUGCCACCCGGACAACCAGAGCGCCUUGUGACCUUCCGUCUGGAUUUGGUGUCACCGAUUCGAGCUCCCUUGUCCGGUGAAUGCUCGGUACGAUUCCCGUCCACUCUGGCAGAUCUGCGGCCGAACCUCCCGCGAUUCUCAUGGCUCCUGGAUGAUGAAGUCGAAUUCUCGAUGGUCGACCAUCAGACCAACAAACCUCAAGCCUGGAAAGACCGAGUGGUCAUCUCACCGUGCCCGAUGCUCGAAAAAUACAUAAAGAUCGUGGAAGAGCCAGGGAAUCCAACCAAGAUCAUCUUGAGGAUAAGCAGGCCUUCCCAGCUGGUCUUCGGACGUUUGAAAUUCUAUCGACGAGGAGCUGAUGGGAAACCCGUGGGUGUACCGUACGGAUUCAGAUAUCCCUUCCUCGUGCCGCAGAAACCCCAGCUGCGUUGGCAUACCGUCGCGGAGAACAUGGCGGCUAACGUCUACCAGAUACCGAUGGACGGAAAGCUGCGCGUUUCGAACCUCAUAUCCGAUGACAUAUUCAUCGUCACGCCUAGCCAAGGCUUCGUGCUGUCGGGCAAAAAAUCGAUUGAGCUGAACAUUCGCCAACCUUGCAAAAUUUACUACGGCUUGGAGGCGUGGCGACAAAUUGUCAAAACCAGAGUGAGCAAACAUUUGGACCAGAUUAGGGAAGCGCCGCUCACGGAUCUCGAUCCAUCCACCAUGCUUUGUGAUUUCUCGCAGGAGAGCAACAAGUCUCCGGAUAAGAGAUGUCUAGACGUGAUCCCGAGUGAUCCUCAAUCGUCUGUGCGGCUCUACCAACUCUUCGAAGGGACCUUGGACGUCGUAACGCUUCAACACCACACAGAGAACGGCACCUUCUUCGUUCGAUAAACGGAGAAUCAUUUGGAGAAUAUUGAUUUUCAGACCAGAAAAUGACAUGACCGUGGUGAUAUUCCAUGAUUUAUUAUUAUCUCGCUCAAUACGAUACGAAAUACUGAC